CCAGCACUUCAAAUGGACUUCAAAUGGAGUUGUAAGAAACAAGAGAGAAUCUCUACAUUAUUAGUUUUGCGUUUCGUUUCGUGAUAGAGCUUGUAAUUAAUCAAGCAGAUGGCUAGGAAGAAGAGAAGCGUUAGGUCCUUAAUGGGGGAGGGAGUGGUUUCCGAUGGUGCAAAAAAAUUCAAGAUCUACAACAAACCGCUUAUGAUUUGCACCACUAUUCAAAUUCGCUCACAAUGCAACCCAUUUAUCCUUCCAAGAUGUUUGAGCUACAGAAUCCAAGCGAAGAAACAAAAAAAGUCCAAUUCAUCAGGUGGUGCAAUUUUCAACUAUAUGGAUAGUAAAAACAACAUACUAAAAGCUGAAGAUGUGAAGGACUAUUCUUGUACAUUUUGCUCAAUGAAAUGUGGAAGCCUCGAGGGCUUGAAACUUCAUUUGACGUCAUCACAUGACAUCUUUGAAUACAACUUCCGGCUGUGGAAUAAAGAUCACCCGACGAUUGAUGUCUCCCUGAAACCUGUAGCAUUCAAAUUUGGGGAACUACGCAAGUCAUUAGAGAAUCACCAUGGGAUUCCAUUUACCUUUUGGUCGAAACGUCAGCGAAGACAAAGAGAUGAUAGGCGUCACUUGUUGAAGCUGGAAAGGAAAAUCGAAGAUAUUAAGUUUACUCAGCUAGAGCCUCUUCCUCGUAAGAGAAAAAGGACAUCUUUAAAGGAGUCCAAGGACACAAGCACCGACAAUCAACUAGAAAUAGGUCAAUGUUCUAAACCUAAGGAGCCUCUUCCUUGUAGGAGAAAAAGGACACAUGCAAAGCGGUCCAAUGGCAUAAGCACCGACAAUCAACUAGAAAUAGGUCAAUGUUCUGAACCUGAGCAGCCUCUUCCUUGUAAGAUAAAAAGGACACCUGCAAAGCGGUCCAAGGGCACAAGCACCGACAAUCAACUAGAAAUAGGUCAAUGUUCUAAAUCUAAGGAGCCUCUUCCUUGUAGGAGAAAAAGGACAUCUGCAAAACAGUCCAAGGACACAAGCACUGACAAUCAACUAGAAAUAGGUCAAUGUUCUAAACCUAAGGAGCCUCUUCCUCGUAAGAGAAAAAGGACAUCUUUAAAGCGGUUCAAGGGCACAAGCACCGACAAUCAACUAGAAAUAGGUCAAUGUUCUAAAUCUAAGGAGCCUCUUCCUUGUAAGAGAAAAAGGACAUCUGCAAAGCAGUCCAAGGGCACAAGCACCGACAAUCAACUAGAAAUAGGUCAAUGUUCUAAACCUAAGGAGCCUCUUCCUUGUAGGAGAAAAAGGACACAUGCAAAGCGGUCCAAUGGCAUAAGCAUCGACAAUCAACUAGAAAUAGGUCAAUGUUCUGAACCUGAGGAGCCUCUUCCUUGUAAGAUAAAAAGAACACCUGCAAAGCGGUCCAAGGGCACAAGCACUGACAAUCAACUAGAAAUAGGUCAAUGUUCUAAACCUAAGGAGCCUCUGCCUUGUAGGAGAAAAAGGACACCUGCAAAGCGGUCCAAUGGCAUAAGCACUGACCGUCUCAAGAAACUGCAUUUCCAUAACUUUAUGACAGGGCAGCCAAUGACGAUUGAACUAGCAUUGGCUGGUGAGGAUAGCGAAGCUAAACCUGCUGAUGAAUUUAAAGAUAUGGAAGAACGUUGGACGCCUGAUACAUAUACGGAUACGAAGGACGAGGACAAGCGAAUAAUGGUGUUGGCGGAUAGAGAUGUUCCUGGGGCAUGUGAAGCGUUCGUAAACAAUCAUGAGAAAGAGCUGAUCAGUACCAGUCAAUAUUUCGUGCAGUGGAGAGUUUUUAUGCUUAACCUGUGGAACAAGGGUCUCAUCUGCGCCAAGACCAUGGAUAAAUGCAAUGCCUUCCUCCUCAAGUCACAAGAAGCAGCAGAAGCAGAAGCAGAAGCAGCAGUCCCAUCAUCAUCCACCUCUCAAGCUACUGCUGCUGAUCGCAACGAGCAACAACCUAUGGAACUUGAUCAUUCCAGCGAAAAAGCAGCAGCCGCCUCAUUGCUAUUGUUGUCAUCAGCAGUCCCCUCUCAAGCUACUGCUGAUCGCAACGGGAAACAACCUAUGGAAGUUGAAGAAUAA